GCUCAUUCUGCUUGCUGUCGGGGAUCAAUUGACAGUCUCGUCUAUUCUCUCAUCUACUCUCAUCCACUUUGUCCCCCUACCAUGGCAGCUCUGCGUGUAUCCUCGCGACGACUGCUUCUCGCAAGGAGCCCAGUCUCUAGAUUCGAGUCAUCUCUCCCGAGACGAUUCGCUUCAACAUCGCAGGCUCCUCAAGAUGGGAAAGCAAAGAAAGAUGCCUCCCUUCCCAAUCCUGAUCCUUCAGCCGACUCCGUAACAGUGGCAUUCAUCAACGACCGCGCUCCCUUUAUGGUUCCUACAUAUGUUCGACCCGCUCCGACGAUGCUCAAGGGGAAGGGAUGCUAUCUAUGGGAUAUGGAGAAUCAUCGAUAUCUUGAUUUGACUGCAGGUAUUGCAGUCAACUCUCUGGGACAUUGCGAUCCAGAAAUUUCCAAAAUCAUUUCUGAGCAGGCAGAGACCCUAAUCCAUGCCUCAAACCUAUACCACAAUGCAUGGACCGGCGCCCUAAGCAAACUCCUCGUCACCGAGACAUUGAAAUCGGGAGCAAUGCGCGACGCAUCCCAAGUAUUCAUUUCGAACUCAGGAACAGAGGCCAACGAAGCCGCCAUCAAGUUCGCCCGUAAAGUGGGUCGAUCUCUUGAUCCCUCCGGCGCAAAGCACGAGUUCGUCUCCUUCCACAAUUCCUUCCACGGCCGCUCCAUGGGCGCCCUCUCCGCCACCCCGAACCCUAAAUACCAAACCCCCUUCUCGCCCAUGGUCCCGGGUUUCAAAUACGGCACGUACAAUGACAUCGAACAGCUCCCAUCUCUUAUCACAGAGAACACCUGCGGUGUCAUCGUCGAGCCGAUCCAGGGAGAGGGCGGAGUCAACACCGCCACUCCCGAGUUCCUCACGGCCCUCCGCAAACGCUGCGACGAAGUCAACGCAGUCCUCAUCUUCGACGAAAUCCAAUGUGGUCUCUCCCGUACUGGCUCCUUCUGGGCACACGCUCAUUCCUCCCUCGCCCCCGCCAACGGUGAACAAGCCGCUCACCCGGACAUCAUCACCACCGCCAAAGCCCUAGGAAACGGCAUCCCCAUCGGCGCAACCAUCGUCUCCUCCAAAACUGUAGCCCCCUACAUCAAAACGGGCGAUCACGGAACUACAUUCGGCGGAAACCCCCUCGCCUGUCGCGUGGCACAUCAUAUCGUCGAACGCCUCGCUUCCCCCGAACUGCAAGCCGCUGUCGACGCUAGGUCCGCACAGUUCGUCUCCGGUUUCCAGGAGCUGCAGAAGAAUUUCCCGGAUACUAUUGCUGAGAUUCGUGGUAGGGGUCUUAUCUUGGGUGUCCAGCUCUCCGAUGCUGUCAAGUCCAAGGCUUCCGAUUUGAUCACUGCUGCUCGGGAGAGGGGUUUGUUGAUCAUCACAGCUGGUGAUGGAUGCCUUCGUUUCGUUCCUCCUCUUACUAUUACUGAGGAUCAGGUGGAGACUGCGUUGGGCAUUUUGGAAAAGGCCUUCGAGGCUACUUUUGGAAAGCCCUGAGAACAGCUUUGUUACUGACGAAGGAAAUACGAGAGGAGAAUAAUAUUUAGACGAAUAAAGAAGGAGGCAAAGAAAAAGUCUAGGACUGAUUUAUAUACGUUUUGCGCUUUUACUUAUUGCAUGUUGGAAGACCUAGCUGUAUAGAUAGAUACACGUAUA